AUUCUGGCGCCUCGAGAGGCUUGUCGUUGUGAAGGGAUGGGCAAUGAGACUCCUUGGGGGUGUAUACCUCCCUCUUCUCACUAGUGUUGUGGCAGUGUCUAGAAAGGGGAGACACGUGCUUCGCAGACUUGGCACGACUGUCGGAAUAGUUAUGGAAGAGCAAGCAAAGAAGAAAGCAGGUUAUUCAGCCGUGGAUAACCACGUGCAGAAUAACCAAGCUGUAGGGAUUGGCAGUGGAUCCACUAUCGUCUAUGCAGUGGAACGUCUUGCUGAACGUGUUCACCAGGAGAAGUUGAAUAUUGUUUGCAUUCCCACAUCAUUCCAGGCUCGUCAGCUAAUUUUACAACAUGGCCUUACUCUGACUGACCUUGAUCGACACCCUGAGCUGGAUGUGGCCAUUGAUGGAGCAGAUGAAGUCGACUCUGAUCUGAACCUAAUCAAGGGUGGAGGUGGCUGCCUGACUCAAGAGAAGAUUGUAGCUGGAUGUGCUAAACAGUUCUUUGUUAUCGCUGACUAUAGAAAAGAGUCAAAGGCUCUGGGAGAGAAGUGGAAAAAAGGAAUACCAAUUGAAGUAAUCCCAAUGGCUUAUGUGCCUGUUACCAGAGCAAUAACUCGACAGUUUGGGGGUACUGCUGAUCUUCGAAUGGCAGUUAGUAAAGCGGGGCCAGUAGUAACUGAUAAUGGAAACUUUCUGAUAGACUGGAAGUUUGAUCGCAUGCACAACUGGACAGAGGUGAACACAGCCAUCAAACUGAUCCCAGGAGUGGUGGAGACAGGCCUAUUUAUUGCCAUGGCAGAGAGAGUGUAUUUCGGCAUGCAAGAUGGAACUGUUGGAGUGCGUGACAGGACACAGCUCUAAAAAUACAUUGGACAUAGCCAGACAGUGAAUUCUGCAGCUAUUCUUCUUACAGUCCCUUUACAACUGAACCUUUUAAAGUUUACCUUUGUGUUGAAGUGCCUAAACACCUGUCCAAUUGUACAAUAGUGGAAUACCAGCCAAGUGCCAGCCCCUGUUAGGGGAGGCUGUAUGUUACAUUUCACGUGGCUUCCAAUGAUGCUGUCUGUGCAGCUUGGUUGUUUAGUUGCAGCUGAGGAAGAUCACUGUCAGCAGGAAUUGAUCCAACCCUGGGAAGCUGAGAAAAAGCAAAGGGAAAAAAUUGACAAUUUUAACUUUUUUCAGUAUGCAUUUUAGCUUUUAACCUGUUUUCAGUUAACAGUGCCUCACUAUGAUAUAAGGUAACUCAAUUUAAUUUGUCCUUGAAAUCAGAAGAAAAAUGAGAUUAUAUUUAAUAAAAUGUUAUACAGUAGUACAUACGAGGAAGAAGUAAGAAAGAAAUGUGAACGCAGUAGCUAAUGAAAAUAAAUGCCAAUGCUAGUUAAACACCAGCAGUAACAUUUUAUAAGUUGACACCUUACUUUACACAUGUGGCUUAUAGAAGCAACAUUUUUGAAACUGAAUUAGAAGGAAAAAUACACUGAAAUAAUAAGACAAUUUAUUUUGCCAUGCUGGAGGUUCAAAGACCACCCAUCCAGGGUCUUUAUUUCAACCACUCUGUUCUUUCAGGUUUCCACUUCAUUAAUGCCAGUUGAAGUUCACCUCUUUCUGCUUUUCUUCUACAGUAAUCUGUCCUAAUCAUUCAUCAAUCUGUCAUCAAUGCAUUGCAUUGUGUACCUCUACUUGGGUACCGUGUGACUCUGAAAUAAAGGUUGCUGGUUCUCUAUGACCUCUUGCUAUCCUCUCUACUACUGCCCUGUAGCAGUUCCAUGAGAAAUUUAAUUCAAGGAGAUAUUGUUUCCACAAUACUUUUAAUUUUAACUUCAUUUUUUAGCUAAAAGUCAAUUCUUGUGACUCAUGAAACUCUGCCUUUAAUUGGAUGUUGUCCUUCCUGGUCCUGCAUGCUGCAUCAGAACAGUUCUAACUGUGUUUAUUUUAUUUUAAAAAAUCACUACAUGUUUUUAGAGAAGGGUGGAAUAUAAACAUUUUUUUCCUGUCUCAUUUCUUUUGUAAUUGUUUAAAAUUGCUGUUUACUGGCGAAUACACAGUUUGCCAUGUUUUAAACCAUUUUGCCUUUUAAAUGAAUGUUAGUUAAGAAACAAAUAUGUACAUUAAUUGAAGAAGGGAAGUGGAUUUGGAAUAAAGUCCUGUUCUGGAAAGUCUAUGGCAGACUUAAAUAUUUUUAUGAAUCUCAAAGAACAGUUUUAGUGUUAUUAAAGGAAUUAUUGUUUUUCCAUGUUACAUACCCCAAGUGGUUUGUAGUGGUGGGCGAGAAAAUUUUUAAUCUAAUGUUUUAAAACAGAAUGGAGGGAAAAAAGUUUCAUGAUUGUAUAGAAACUAAUAUUGUAUAGAAAUGAUGUAAAAAAAACAUCCAUGGGAAAAAGGAAAAAGGUUCUCAUGUUAUUAAUGUUUUAUAUUCCAAGUCAGUUAUCCAGUCAUAUGCUCAAAUAUGCAAAAUGCAUGCUUUCUAGUUUAAAUAAUUUUAAAUAUAUACUUCUGGAAAUAUCAGCACACAUCAUAAACUGGAAACUGUAAAGCCUCAUGAGAAGGCAUGUUUUGAGCAUUUGAAUGGGUAACAAAUGUGCAUAAUGAGACACAAGUAAUGUGAGGUCCAACAACACAGCCUUUGUACUUUUUUUACACAUCAUUUGCCAUUGUACUGUGCUGGUCACUACUGGCUCUGCAGGCAGCGUGAAAACAUGUGAUUAAAAUAUUUCUCGACCACCACCACAAAACUACAUAAGGCAAGUAACAUAUAUACUAAAACAAAACUAUUUUUGGGUGGAUUAUUCCUUUUUUUCAGAUAAAUAAUAAAUUAAGAAAUGGAAUAGGCUGAAAGUUUGCAGCUUUAUAGGGGAAAGGUUGGCUGCCCCAGAUGUUGUCAAGUUUCAUCAUUGGCUACAGGUUGUGUAGGGUUUUAUUAACCUACUAACAUAUUCACCUUGUGAGAAUUUGAUAAUGUUCUAUUUAACUUUACACCCCAUUACAAGAUGCUGCCUUUCUGAAAUUACCCCAUUCUGAGUAGUUUGAUUCUUUAAGAAAUCCAACAAAUCUUAAUUACAUUUAAGCAUGGUGUCCUAAAUCAAAGUAAGCACUGUCAUUUUUUUAACUAGAUGUCCAGUUGUCAUGAGCAGAAUUCAUUAUAACUUUGGUGGUCACUCUAAUUGUGUUCUUCACCACAAAAAUUGAGAUAAUAAGACCAAAAAAUCUAGUUGGGAUUGUUUGAAAUUAUAUAAGGAAUAAACCAAAACAACUUAAUAAACCAAACAUAAAUCCCACUGCCACCAAAUAGUGCUUCAAUUUUCUUUGCUUAUCUUGACUUUCACUCUCUGCUUUUGCCAUCAUACUCGUUGAAUGUUUUUCUCUUCUUACCUCCCAACUCCAAACUCAGUUGGGCUAUGGCUAAAAGGCAGUCGUAUAGAUCACUUUGAGGUUGUACCUUUACCUCUGGAUUUCUUGCUAGAGCUUUCACUGUAGACCCUAGGUUUCCCUUCAUUCCUGAACCCAAUAUACACUUAAACACACAAGCUUCUCUUUAGGGCUUCAACCCAUACCAUAAACUUUGAAAACAUCUGUCCAUGGUCUGUUUGUCUCUUUCUCUGUCUCUCUCCCUUCCCCACCACCCCACUGGUUAAGGUAGCCUUAAUUAUUCAUUAUUUGCAUCUAAUAUCCCAGAAGAACAUUGCAUACUUUGGCCUUUUCUAAACCUCAGUCUAAUCUGUAUCUGUGCUUAUGUCUGCAGCCUUCCCAGGUCACAACAUACCUCUACUGUAUACCGUAUACUUACCAGUCUGUUUUUGACUUUUUACUUGAGAUUGACUGAACAUGACCAUUUUGGACAUGAGAGUUGUGGUCUUUUUUUGAUCAGUGUUGAAACGUUGUUGCCUCUUACCUGUCUCUCCAUUUUUUAGCUAAUUCAUUGGAACUCUGACCAGAGUGGUUGCAGGCAUCAUUGAAGUUUGCACAGAUGAAUGAUGAAUUUUGGUUUUCUAGAGUUGUUUUGAAGUGAAUGUUCUUCUCUUUCUUCUUGUACUUCUGUCUUUCAAUAAAAAGUCAUUCCAUAUAUAAUAAUUUUACUGAAUUUUGAAUGUCCUUUUGUGUUGAUGCCUUACAUAAAACUUCAUACAUUUAUUAUAAUUUAAAUGAUGUGACACCAUGGUGCAGCAGUUAAUAAAUUCCUCACUCUGUUUACUGUCUCUGUGGAGCUUGUAUAUCACAUCUAUAGCUGUGUGGGCUUUUGUACUUUUUUUUUUCCUUACACCUCAGCUCUUAUUAAAUGCUUAUCCUAAGUUGA